UAUGACCUACUCCCUAAAGAGCUGCAGUUACCCCAGGCCGAGCAGCAGGACAAACCCACCAUGAGCCAGAAGAGCGGUGGAGAGGCUGGACCUCCUCCUCCAGCUGCCUUGGCAUCCGGUAGGACACAUUUCACAUGUCUUUUAUAUUUCCGAUUGUAUCUCAGUCUGAAGCUAGCAAGUCUUUCCUGAUGGGGUUUGCUCAGGUCUUGUCUCUGCUGUGGUGUGUGUAUGUGAUGUUGUCUUUCCUCCCGUUCCUUGCCCAUUCACAUUUGGAUUCCUUUAUGCUGAUGGGGCUACUGCACUUUUCUUUGUUUUAGCAUUUGGCUUGAACGCUGCACAUCUUCUGUAUUUAUAGUGUUGCAAGACUUGGACAUCCUGUUGCACUUUAUCAUGCUUUAUAUUUUCAAACUGCAUACACAUCCUUGUCUUUCUCGAUAUGUCUUUUCUUUCAUAGUUUUUUAGUCUCUUUUGUUGACUUUGCAGACUAACUUAUUUCAUAUGAUUUGUCCUGUUUCCAUUGAACCUGUUGAAAAGAGUUUAUUGUUGUUGCUGUCAGUGGAGUAAAGUGCUGUCCGGAAUUUUCCCAGAUCAUGGGUGUCUGCCCGCUAAGGGCAUGCUAUGGUUGAAGAAUAUAACCAGCAUUUGCCAGGUGGCAGAGGUCAUUAAAACAUUAGAUGAACUGUCAAAUAAUUUGAUGAGAGGUGAUUUUUCGGCUUUGUCUACAAAUUGCCUACAUUAGGGUGAGGCCUUAUUUGGGACUUUUCUCUUUCUCCUCUUUUGGAAGACUAUUGUUUUGUUUUUUUCAAUUAAUUAACAAAUAAAAUGAUUGUAUUUCAAGGGCUGGGCGAUAUAUAAGUACAUAAAAAUAACAUAUAAUAUACAAAUCAUAUUUUUUAGAGAUGCACCGAUAUAUCGGUCAGUAAUCGGUAUCGGUCGUUCAAAUCAAUCAAAAGAGGACAGGAAAAUGCAAUGAAUUUGUGCUCUGUAUAUAUAAAAUGUUAAAAAACAUUACCAGUUUGAUGUUCAAUAUUAAUAUUCAUUAAUUCACAUGAAUUAAUAACAUUCAGAAAGUUCAGAAAUAUAGUAUUUAGUAUUGAUGACGACAGAUAUCACUCUGAAUAAUUGGCUAGCGGUAUCGAUGGAGAAGUUUAGUUUUGGUGCAUCUCGAAUAUUUUUUGUCUACUCUGUGAUUUCAGAUGAGUGGAUUAAAAAAAGCACAAUGUAAAAAGUAAAAUACAGUAAAAUAUGCAUGAAUAUAUCAACGCGUGUUACUGUAAUUAUUUAAAAUAAUUACUUUUAUAUACAUAUUUGAGUGAUGUUGGAACAAACUGAUUCCUGGAAAUAAUUUUGACAUGCUAAAUCAACACCCCUAAAAAUGAAAUGAUCUAGAAAUGAAAAUGUUGUCAUUGUUUAAUCACCUUCAUUCAUUUCAAACCCAUAUGACUUUCUAUCUUCUGAUCAGGCUACAUGGUAAAUGCAGCGCUGUUCACAACACUGAACUUGUGAAUUUGUAUAAAUAUCCCAAAUCCUAAGUGUGUGGAAAUUUUGCCCAUGCUUGCUUUCUGGCACUCUUGAUAGACAUUAAAAUAAAUCCUUUUUUGUUCCAAAGAAGGAAGUCAGACUGGAUUGGAAUGUCAUGGGAGCGAGUAAUUGAUGACAGAUUUUCAUUUAUUUAUUUAUUUAAUGUAUGUAUUGGUGUUAUUUUCCUUUGAUGAGGUUUACAUUAAAUGCACCAUUAAAAUAAAACCAGAAAUAUAAUAUUAAACUUAAAUUAAAAUUAAAUAUAUCGCUCAGCCCUAAUUCAAGCAUUACUGUGAUUUGCAAGUAGCCAGGUUAAUGCUACACUACUUCCUGUUUUGACAGGAAGCUGAGGGAUCUUAAAGCGAGCCUGCCCAGACUAGUUUCUGUGUUUUUGCAGCAAUAAAUUUGAGGGAGUUCCCUCUGAAUCAGGGAGAGUCUGCAUAUAAAAUGGUCUGCAGUUCUCUGCUUCGUAGAUGCCGCCGCCACUUGCGCCGCCUCCUCUGGAGGCCUCAGCAGUACACUUCCUUCCUGUCCCAGCAUGCUCUCUGCUACCUCAGCCCAAGAGCAGACCUCCAGGCUGCACGGUGGUCCUGCCGCAGAAGGAAUGGGAGCAGAGCCUGGUUCGGUGAUGACCAUCAGCGGGGUAGGUGUGGCAGAUGCUGUCGGGACUGCGCAGAGCCAGGCAACCCCCUCGAAGCGACGGACCAUCCUGAGCAUUUCACCGCCUCCGGAAGAUCUGCUGGAUGACAGUCGCAUGUCCUGCCAGGAUGACCAGCUUCCCAACCCGGACUCGGAGCAGAGCAGCAGCAUCUGGAUGGAAGACUCGGUCUCGAACUUUAGUAUGGCUAGCAACACUUCGUACAAUGACAACACCGAAGUGCCCCGAAAAUCUCGCAAGAGAACACCUCGCCAGCGUCCGGGGCCCAAACCUGCAGCCCGAGAUGAAGCGGGAAUGGAUGUGUUUGAUGCGGACAGCGCAAAAGCGCCACACUUUGUUCUUUCACAGCUGGGAUCAGAUGCCAAAGUCACACCCAAAGUGAGUAGCUCCUUAGAAGUGUCAAACAAUCAGAAAGGCGGUGUCCUCACCAUUCAGUAUCCACAGAAGAGUGAAGGGAAGGAGCUGAAGAUUUUGGUUCAGCCGGAGACUCAGCACAGAGCGCGAUACCUCACAGAGGGCAGUAGAGGGUCUGUCAAAGACCGGACACAGCAAGGGUUCCCAGCGGUCAAAUUAGAGGGAGCCAACGAACCAGUGGUGCUUCAAGUGUUUGUGGCGAAUGAUGCUGGACGUGUGAAGCCUCAUGGCUUUUAUCAAGCCUGCAGAGUGACUGGGCGCAACACAACGGCCUGCAAAGAGGUGGACAUUGAAGGGACCACAGUGAUCGAAGUAAACCUUGAGCCAAGCAACACCAUGACCCUCGCCGUGGACUGUGUUGGAAUCUUAAAGCUGAGGAAUGCUGAUGUUGAAGCUCGUAUUGGUGUAGCUGGCUCAAAAAAGAAGAGCACUCGUGCUCGCUUGGCCUUUAGAGUCAAUAUCCCGAGACCAGAUGGAUCUGUUCUAACACUUCAAACUCUUUCCUCUCCCAUCCUAUGUACUCAACCUGCUGGAAUUCCUGAAAUCCUGAAGAAGAGUCUUCACAUUUGCUCCGUUGCAGGAGGAGAGGAGGUCUUUAUAAUUGGCAAGAACUUUCUCAAAGGAACCAAAGUGAUUUUUCAGGAAAAUUCUACAGAUGAGAGCGGUUGGCAUGCUGAAGCAGAGAUUGACAUGGAACUUUUUCAUCAGAACCAUCUAGUAGUGAAGGUUCCUCCAUAUCAUGACCAAACAAUUACUUCUCCAGUGUCUGUUGGGAUUGCAGUGGUGACAAAUGCAGGGAGAACACAUGAUCUCCAAGCUUUUACUUACACACCUUUAACAGAGAGCGUUGACAUCCCAGUAAAGUCAGAAUUGCCAGCCACAGUCAAGGCUUGUACCUUUGAAGAGCAGAUAAAAGCAAUGCAAACCGAGAGCAAUUGUCUAAACAAUGUAUUAAUGUUACCUAUGGUCAAACGAGAAGAACCAAUGGAAGUCUCCUGCAAUGCACCUUCAGACAUGUUCAAGCCUGUAGAGGAAAUAAGUUCAACCCAGCAAAUUUUGGAGAUAAGUACUGUCCUUCCCUCUGGCAGUAAGUCUUUUCCAAGCCCUGUGCCUCUCCAGCCAGUCGACACACAACAGCCAUCGGCACCAAUUUUUACCUCUCAAGAAACAUUGUCCACUAUUCAGAAGCAGGACAUUCCCUCACCCACAUCGUUCCAAGUGUCCUUGUCAGAAGACACAACAGUUCUUCAGCCUGUUCCUCCUCAGGUACCUCAACAGUUCCUGCGGGAAACUCCUGAGACGUUGUCUCCGGAAGAUACAAGUGCAGAUGGAAGUGGAAUGGUAUUGGUUGGCAUGGAAUCUCGGUCUCCCCCAUCCCAGCCAUCACAGGUUCAGACGCUUUUGCCCCAAGAUGGGGUAACGCAGCUGGAGAGAGCAGUAAGAGAACUGCAGGCACAACAGCAGCUUAAUUCUGUGCUUUACAGCCCAGCACCAUCUGCCGAGAGUCUUCAGCAACACGUCCAGGAAAAUAUGAACAGUUUAAGGCUGGGAGGAAAUGAGAGUACUCUAAACAACCAGCUUCAGCAGCAGCAAGAGCAGAAUAUUUUGGAGAAUCUGCAGCAACAACAACAGAAGGCACUUGUGGAUCUACAACAUCAACAGACAGUCCUUGAAAAUUUGCAACAGCAUCAACAAGUUUUGGAAAAUCUCCAGCAGCAGGCACUUGGCAACUUGCAGCAGCAGCAGCAAACACACAAGGUUUUAGAGAAUCUGCAGCAUCAACAACACCACCAGAAAGUUCUUGAGAACAUUCAGCAACAAAGUUCUCUAGUGACUCUGCAGCAUCAGAAAGUUCUGGUUAAUCUCCAACAGCAACAACAGCACCAGAAAAACUUAGAAACACUUCAGCAUCAGGAAGUGUUAGAGAACCUAAAGCAGCAACUCCAGUCAGAGCUUCUGCAGACACAGAUUCCCAUGCAAUGCACACCCAGCUUCUCUAGUGAUCAGCCAAGCUCCACGCAGGCUAGCAAUCUGUCACAGUCAUCUGAAGGCUUUCUUCAGAACCCACCCCAGCUGCAGAUCCAGCAGCAGACUGCACUUUUCCAACAAACAAGAGGUCUUAUGACCAUUCAGACAUCCAGCUUUUUGCAGCAGCCACCCUCUCAACCUUCGCCUCCACAGCAACUUUUUCAGAGUCAUAACCCCUUGACUGAAACGCAAGACUCGCAGACAGUACUCUUCAGAACCACAAAGUCGCCGCAGGUCCAAGCAACCUUAUUUUCUGGUACCAUGACAAUGCUAGCAAGCACCAAUCUGCCCUCAGAGCAGCAGGCCCCUUCAACGAGUCUGUUUAUUGCGCAAAGCGUGUUGCCCAGCCAGCUACCGUCGGAUAACAACCAGAACCAACAGCAACAACAGAUAACUUUCCUGACACCCAUUCAGGCAUCUGGAACAGAAGCUCCGACUGUCUCACUUUUUCAAGGACAACCCCAGCUGCCCACUCCAAUGGAACAACAGUCUACCCAACAGCAACAGAUGGCAACACCCCAACAAGCCUCACUUUUCCCAAAUAUCCCAACAAUGUCCCAAAAUCAAGCACAGCAGCAACCGCAGACAGGCAUAUUGUUCUGUACCGCAACCCUGAACCCCCAUGAUCUGCCCCAGGCUCUGAUAUUCAGUGGUCAGAACCAGGGAUCAAUAGGUAGUGACCGGCUUCCAGAGAAUAUCUUUCAGGAGCAACAACCCAUGCAAGUUGUCCCCAGCUCUGAAAACGUUACUGUGAACAACUCCUCCAACCAAACCACUGUCCCCACAGCCCAGUCUCAAAACCCAUCGAUUAUUUUUCCAUCAGCCGCUGUAGUAAGCGUCACCCAACAAGACUCAUUAGAGCCCAUGUCUUUUCAAGAUCAGAGCUCCAUGAGCGACUCAUCUGCCAGUUUGCCUUCAACGCGGACUGAACUAUUUCAGGACCAGCAACCUAUGCAGGUCGUUCCCAGUGCCACCAGCGUAAUGCCCGUCUCCCCAACAGACCAACCUUCUGUCAACAUUUUUUUGCCUCAGUCAGCCAUUUCAGCCCUACAGGGUGGAGUAGGUGUUCAAGAGUUGCCUCAUACUGGCACAGCAGCCACCAUAUUUAGUGGACAGAGUGGCGUUGCAGUGGGCAGUCUCCAGAACACCACACCUAACGCAACUCCGCAACCUCCCAACCAACUCUUUCAGACAGCUAUUGGGGGGACUCUAAGUCAACCUGGACAGCCAGGACAAACAGGCCUAUUUCUCUUUGAGAUUCCCAGUGAAUGUGGUCCGGCAUUGCCAGAACAGCUCGUCACCAUGGGGCAUCCCGGUUCGGAUCAGAGUCAGAGCCAACUUCAGACCAGUGCACAGAUUCAGACCUUGCUGGACCAGUCCAACAACCUUGAUGAUAAGAUAGAUGAACUUCUGGAACAUUUUCAAGAGCAAGAAAAGACGCUCCCUCGGGAUUUCUUGGACCAUUGAAGAUAAGUAGUUUGAAACCUCACUCCAGUAGACCACCGUCCACACUGCUUGUCAAUCUUACGUAUUUAUUGUCUAAACUUUGGCUACAUCUGUCAAAUGGGGUUCUUCCCUUAUAUGUAUGUUUCUGAAAGCUUCUAGUGUGGUGUUGGAUCUCAGCGUCACAACAUCUUUUCUUGAUGGGUCCAGUUCAUUGAGGCCAAUGUUUGGCAUGUCAACAUAUCAUGUGACUCAUUAAGCCAUUAAGUAUAUUGGCACUUUGUAUUGUGUUCUUGACUUCCACUUGAACCUUCUUCAUUUAUUAACAUAAUUUAUCUGUUUUUAGUAGAAACUCACCUAGUUCGGUGUCAACUCCAAAACGCUCUGUUGCCGUUGAGAUAACAAAUACAUUGUGAAUGAAUCUGAAAUAUAUUUAGCACUUUAGGGAGUUUCUACUCCCUUUAAGCUUUGUAACCCAUAUGUGUCUACUUGGUUGUCAAAGCUUUGUUUUCAUAGUCAUAAUGCCUUUCUAAAAAUGUGUUUUGUUAACAUGUUUUUUUGAGCCAUGUUUCAUGUUUUUGUUUGUUUGCAUUCAUGUCUGAAUCCUAAUAUCACAUUGUACCAAUUACACAAAGUCAAAAUGCCCAAUGUACAAUCCUUCCCACCUUCUGUUUCCUUUUAAUUUAAUCUUAUUUACAGUAAACAAGAGGUCCAACUUUUAAUCAUGAAUUUCUACCACGGUUGUGUAAGCGUGCAACAUGAGAGAUAUGUGAACAUGUUGAGAUAUGUGAACGUCGGAUUGUUUUAUCACCUCACACACACCAGACUUUCUACGGUAUGAUGACUUUCGUUUGUUUGUUUGUGUGCUCAGGAAAUAGAGCCCAUAGAUGUUCGUACUUCAUAAGAUGCAGCUACCUUCUUGAUUUUGAAUUGUGUGGUCCAUGGAGAUCUUUAGACAAGCACAAGCAUGGGAAUUGUCUUUGUUGGGGUUUCUAUUCGCAGGUGUGUCCCAUCAGUACUUUAAAAGGUUAGGUCACCCUGAAAAAGCCAAUUCAGUCAUCAUUUACUCACCCUCAGGUGGUUACAAAACCCUUGUGGCUUAUGUUUUGUGGAGCAUAAAAGCCGAUACUGUAAAGAAUGUUCACGUUGUGAACAUUACGUUAGCAUUUAAAGUACAUUGGCGUAAUAAAAAUUUCAUAUGAUUCUUGUGCUUUAUUUUAAUUCUGAAAUCUUAAACUACUAAGGAAUAAACUAAAACUGUAUUAGUUUCAGGCUUUUUUCACACUGUGAAAAAUAAUUGUAUGGUGAAGAUCAACUUGAACAUUCUUGGUGGUAAGUAAAUGAUGACAGUACUGUUGUUAUGUGCACUAUCCCUUAUAUAGUACAAAUUAUUUUGAGGGUUUUGGGCAGCUCCAAAUAGCAUUUAUGUCCAUAUUUUCCCCUGAAGGUUUAGGAUGGGAUUGGUUUGGGUAAGGGCCAUUGGAAACAACCUUUGGUACUAGCCUUUCCUUAGACAUAUGCCAUUUUUCUGACCUACAGAAAUGACGAUACUUAUCAAGUAAUACAAUUCUGACUAUAUGGUUCAUCUAUUUGGAAAGAAAAAUUUUGAUCAAGUUACAUCCUGCAAUCUUUGAUGAUCAAGCUUCAUACCAUCAGUGCAUGACAAUCUCACACAAAUUAGUUUUAAGUGAAGUUAAAUUAGGUCAGAAAACACAAAAAUCGUUCCUAACUGGAAGACAUCUCUACAUGUAGUGAAGAAGGGGGCAGUGUACGCUGAGAAAUAAAUCAUACAGGGUUAAAUGUCUCACAUUGACAAAAUACUGCUACAUUUUUUACAUUCUACAUUCAAUUGAUUUUGUUUACAUUGGUCUUCAUUUGGGAUGGGUUCAGUGGUUUAUUUUAACGUUUAUUGUGAUUACAUUGUGGAGGCUGGGCGUUUUCCUUUUAAUACAUUUUCUAAGUCAGUGUCACCUUUACUGAAGAGAUCUUUUUUUUUGUCGUUGAAAAUUGCUAAAAUAUCGAAUCCCCAUAUAUUUACUUAUUCAUAGACACAUGCAGUCUUUUAAUACAUUUGUAGGAUAAUACAAAAGUGUACUCGAUUUUUAAAAGCAGCAUUUGCGUUAACGUUCUCAUGCAAACAUAAUGUGAGUAGUUCUUCAUAAACAUUGAUAUGUCGGUUAUUUUUACGUCAUACCCUUUCUUGCCUUUAUAUUCUUUUUUAGAAUAUGCUUGAUGUAAAAUUGGCAUAACAACAUGUAAAUAGUAUACCAGCCGUUUUAAGUGUGCUGUUCCUUUGUGAGGUAGCAGUUUGUUAAAUGCGUGCUCUCUUUGUAGUAAAACACAAUAUCUCACCUGCAAGUGAGGCAUACAUACAGUAUUUUUGUAAGACUGAACUUUGAAAUGUACUGUGUACAUUUGAAACAUUUAAAAGUGAAUUUUGUCCCUUCCGCGGUACUGUACUUCAUAUGUCCAGAACGGUGAAAAUGAUGGUUUUGUCCCCAUCACUGUGUUACAAAAUGGAAAUUGUUAUGUGUUUGGUUGGUAAUAGGCUAUUCAACGAGUGGUUAUAAGUAUGUGUGGGUUAAUCUCACACAAAAUGUCCAUUUUUGAAGUCAUAUUUUAUUUGAAAUCAAAAAAUACAUUUAAAGCAAUUAUGUUUCCGUAAAGAAAAUUAAGCCUAUUUAAAUGCAUUAUUAUUACUGUUAUUAUUACGUUUUUGCAUUGUGACAUUUUUGUGAUUUACCUUACUAAUUAAAGAAAAAUCUUAUUGUUGUAAUGCUUAAAAAUAAUGGAUGAAUUGUGCAAUUUUAAAUCUUAAGUGCAGUAUUUGUUGCAUCAAAUUUAUACUACUUUAAAUAACAAAAGGAUUUUUUCACGUUACAAGAGAAUAUGAUGGCAAAUAUGCUUUAUUGUAAUAAAAAUGUCAAGAUGCAAUAAAAAUUGCAAUGAUCCUACAGUAGGCUUAUUUUUCUUUUUGCAAAAUCUUCUUUCUUUUAGAAAUAUGAGUCGUUUUUGUGACAUACUGUUCUGUAACUCCAGUUUCAUACAAAGCCAUAAAACUCUGAAAGCAGACUCGCUGAAUGUGUGUGUUUUACCUCAUGGUGUAGGGUAUAGAUUCACACUACAUCUAACCUAAGGACCAACUAAAAAUAAUCAUCCUCUUUCUCAAAACAAGGCAGCAAAAUCAGCAUCUUUGUGAUUAAACCAACUGUUUGUCCUUUCUUGGUUCUUGGAUACUACUUCAAAAGGCAUACUGUAUCAUGAACAAGCGACAGCGCAUUUCUGCACAGAUUUAUCAUUACACAAACUUUUUAAGAAAUUGUUUUACUUUCCAUCAUAUUGUGCUUUUUGAUUGAAAGUACUUUGUGCCUUUGCAAGCCUUUCCACUUACUUCUAAGGACCUUUGUAUAUAAUUCAAUACUUAGAUGUUGGGAUUAGUAGUUAAACUUAAUCCAGAAAGAAAAGACUACAGGCUUUUUUUAGUUGACAUCGUUUUGUCUGGUCAAAAUGUCAAUAUUGAAGUCCAUGGGUGUAGUCUAGAAAACAUCUGACCAUUUAUAUCACGAAACUGCUAUGCAGCCUCAACUCACUGUUAUUUUUUUUUCCAUUUUAUUUAAAAAACGUGUCAUUCUCAUCCAUCGGUGGUUAUCGCCUCUGAUAUUUGUGGUGAGGUAAAAGAGUGUAAUGGGUCUCCAAGAACUUAUAGCUGUUAAAUAAAAAAAACAAGGUUUGAAGUGAGCGCUUACCCCAGUCACCAGCAGUUAUUUGUGCUCUUAUUUUAUGUGUGUGUCUGUGUAUUUGUUUGUGUGAGAGUAUUGUAAAUACAUUCUUCUCACACAUUCUUGAUUUUUGCUUGAUGUGAUUAAUGUCAAUUGCUUUUAAAGUUGUCAUAGUGUUAACAGUUCACUCUUGAGUUUGUAAGAAUGAGAUUCGGUGUCGUGAAGAAACGUGAACUAAUGCCAUUUGACGUUAACAUGUAUUUUGCGUUAAUCAGUACAUUUGUACACUCCUGCAGUUAUAUUUCUGUAAGAUGUGCUGCUAAACGAAUAAAGAUAGAUAUGAAGUUCU